UUCAAGGCUACUGGAGCUAACACCAUGUUCUCCAUUUAGAAAGUUUGUCACAUGAUUUUACCAUAACCACAAGCUCUCAGCUAACUGCUCUAUCUCUGUCCUCUCUCCUACUACUGGUACUCUGCAGCCCAGACUAAAGGACCCAAUCAUGAAGAAGAAGGUGCUGUUAAUGGGGAAGAGUGGGUCAGGAAAGACUAGUAUGAGAUCAAUCAUCUUUGCAAACUAUAUUGCGAGGGACACAAGACGACUAGGAGCAACAAUUGAUGUGGAGCACUCACAUGUUCGAUUCCUUGGCAACCUGGUCUUGAACCUGUGGGACUGUGGCGGACAAGAAGCGUUUAUGGAGAACUAUUUCACGAGUCAGAGAGAUAAUGUGUUUCGCAAUGUGGAGGUGCUGAUCUAUGUGUUUGAUGUUGAGAGCAGGGAGGUGGAGCGAGACAUGCACUAUUAUCAGUCCUGUCUGGAGGCCAUCUUGCAGAACUCACCUGAAGCCAAGGUCUUCUGUCUCAUCCACAAGAUGGAUCUCAUCCCAGAAGACCAAAGAAGUGUGAUCUACGACAAAAGAGAGUCUGAGUUAAAGAAGAGAUCUCUCCCAUUGGAUUGUACUUGCUUCAAAACCUCCAUUUGGGACGAAACCCUCUACAAGGCCUGGUCAAACAUAGUGCAUUUACUCAUCCCCAAUGUCCACUACCUGGAGUCCAGUCUAAGCAACUUUGCCACUAUCUUGGAUGCUGACGAAGUGCUUCUCUUUGAGAGAGCCACCUUUCUGGUGAUAGCCCACUCUGUGCGGCGGCCUCACGCGGAUGUCCAUCGCUUUGAGAAGAUUAGUAACAUUGUCAAGCAAUUCAAGCUCAGUUGUAGUAAACUCCAAGCCCAGUUCCAGAGUAUGGAAGUCAGAAAUUCAUGUUUUGCUUCUUUCAUCGACAUCUUUACUCCAAACACAUACGUGAUGGUCAUCAUGUCCGACCCUGACAUACCAUCAGCCGCAACUCUGGUGAACAUCAGAAAUGCUAGGAAAUACUUUGAGAAGAUUGAGCGGUUAGAAGGCACUCUACCGGCCACUGCAGUACCGCCAAAGUUCCAAUAAGCAAUAUUAAUGGACCUAUCAGUGUGAUGCUUUUUUUGUUUGUUCAGUAUUAAAUGUGUAUUGUAUAUCUUUUAAAUCGUUGGCACAUAAUAAUUAUUGUACAAAGUUAUGAAUAUCAUGUAUAAUAAAUUCGUGAACCUCACUCUGA